AUGUAUGGAGUUGAACAAAUAUCACAUCAUCCACCAGUUUCAGCUUUUUGUUAUCAUAGUGAAGAUAAAGGAAUAACUGCUUGUGGAGUAGAUCAACUUUCAGCAAGAUUUACCAGAACUUCUGUAAAAAUUGGACCAGGUGAACAAAAUAAAGGAAUUUACAUUAAUCUGAGUGAAAGAAGAAAUGAAGAAUAUUUAUUAACUCAUUCUGUCGCCAGUGUGCAAGAUUGGUUAAAAGCUCCACUAUAUGUAGUUGUUGCUGGAAGCUGCAUUGUAACUUGUCCAAAGACAAAAUUGAAAGCAGUAUUAGAAUAUAAAGAAGAGAUAUGGAAAGGAUAUUCCCAAUUCCAAAAAAAAGUCAAACCAAUUUCAAAACAAAGACCACUUGAAUCAUGUAAUGUUUGGAAACCUGUCACAACAGUUUUAUUUCAAAAAGACUAUACAAAGGCUACAAAAGAGAAACAAAUAAUAGAAGAAAGGCAAAGACAAAAGGUUGCAGAAUAUAAAUCUAAUAAAGAAUUCAAUGCUGCUUAUUUUAAAUUACCAAUUAUUGAUGUUAUUAAUGUAAAUACAUUACCAACUGAUAGAAAUCAUACUACACACAAUCCAUUUCGUCCAAAUUUUGGACCAGAAUUAGUUCAUCGUAAAUAUUUUUCCCCAUCAAUAAAAGAAUUUGGACAUAUAUUUAGGUCUCAAUUUCACUCUGGUGAUCCAAAAGAGAUAGCAAUUAAUUUUGUUGAAGAAUUGCAUCCGCAUUCUAAUUUUAUAAUAAAGAAUAUUUAUCGAUCGGAGCAUACUAAUGUUACUCAUGUAUAUUUCAAACAAGUCAUAAAUGGUAUAACAGUUACUAAUGGCGAUUUAAAUAUAAACAUCGACAAGCAUGGAUCAAUCAUCAGUACUGGAGAUUCUUUUGCUUUACCUAAGGGGAAUGCUGAACUUUAUAAUAUCAAUUUUGAUCCAAACCCCAUCAUCUCACCCUACGAGGCUCUAACAUCUUUUGCAAGUCUAUUAAACUUGCAAGCACCUGAAUAUGAUGAAUUGACAAUUUCAACUACAAAUUGGUUGAACGACGAACCUACAUUAUUAAUAUCAAAUGUAUCUUUUGCCUUGUCUGAUGUGGUUGUCAAGCAAUCCUAUCUUCAGCUAGAUACUGAUCAUCAACUACAAUUAAUCUGGGAAUUACAGAUUGAAAUGGAAAAUAACUGGUACCAUGCUCAUAUCGAUGCAUAUUAUGGCAAUCUAUUGUCUUUGAUAGAUUGGGUGUCAGAUGCUACUUAUAAUGUAUUCCCAUUAGGCCUAAAUGAUCCUUCCGAGGGAAGUCGAAAAUUAGUAACUGAUCCUAACGAUGUUAUUUCUUCUCCCUAUGGGUGGCAUUCUCAGGGCCCAAGAAAAAAUUUUACUACCACCAUCGGAAAUAAUGUUUAUGCUCACGAAAAUUUCAAUGGUGAAUGGGAUUGGGAGGAUAAUUAUCGUCCAGAUGGUGGCAAUGAUUUAUUAUUUGAUUAUCCACUUAAUUUGUCAAAUACUCCUAAAUCUUAUAUCGAUUCUGCUGUUUCCAAUUUAUUUUAUUUGAAUAAUAUGAUUCAUGAUCUAUUUUAUAGAUAUGGAUUUAAUGAAGUUGCCGGAAAUUUCCAAGAAAAUAAUUAUGGCAAAGGCGGCAAAGAUCAUGAUGCUGUCAUUGCUAAUGCUCAAGAUGGAUCUGGAUACAAUAAUGCAAAUUUUGCCACGCCUCCUGAUGGUCAACAUGGUAAAAUGCGUAUGUAUGUUUGGGAUGUGGUCGAUCCACUUAGAGAUGGUGAUUUAGAAGCCGGUAUCGUUAUUCAUGAAUAUUCUCAUGGUAUAUCAACCAGAUUAACAGGCGGACCAGCAAAUAGUGGUUGUUUAGGAUGGGGCGAAGCCGGUGGUAUGGGUGAAGGUUGGGGUGACUUUUUUGCGACUAUAUUACGUAUGAAAGAAGAAUAUAAUCGUAGCGUAGAAUUUGGAAUGGGUGAAUGGGCAAAUGGUGGUGAGGGUAUUAGGGCUUAUCCUUACUCAACCUCUCUUAAAACCAAUCCUGAAACAUUUGGUUACUUGGACAAACCAGGAUAUUGGGGUGUCCAUGCUAAAGGUGCUGUAUGGGCUGGAAUUUUAUAUGAAGUUUAUUGGAAUCUUGUUGACAAACUUGGGUUCACAUCAUCCUGGUUUCCACCAACAGAUGAAGAAGAUUAUAGUUGGUAUGAUAGAUCGAUAAUUGACGGAUUCAAUACAAAUAAAAUUCCAAAACAUGGAAACACAUUAUUUUUACAAUUAGUGGUUGAUGGUAUGAAACUUCAACCAUGUAGACCAACUUUUAUCAAUGCAAGAGAUGCAAUCUUGCAAGCUGAUGAAAUCUUAACUGGUGGUGAAAAUAAGUGCGAAAUCUGGAAAGGAUUCGCUAAACGUGGUUUGGGUGUCAAGGCUAAACUUGUUGGCGGUCCUGACUGGGGUGGUGUCAGAAAAGAAAAUUUUGAUGUUCCUACUUCUUGUUCUCACAUCUGUUAA